AUGUCGGGAGAAAAACGAAUACCGAUGGUUCAAUUCAUAGAAAAUGAAGAACUGGCAAUUGGGAAUGAAGACAAAGAUAGCCGCCGAAAAUUAUCACAAACCAGUUGUUCUAGUGACGCCUGUUUCGUGAACCCACUAAUGAGGCGAGUGAAAGAAAAUUUAUUACAUUCUUUCCUUGACUUUGCAAUUUAAUUUUUAACUUCAUGCAGGAGUGGCGGGGGAGGGGUACGUGGCCGGCUCAGUUACAUCUACAUCUAUAUGUGUUAAGUCGGUAAAAUCCUUUCGAAUAUCACACCAACUAUUUUUAAUUAUAUACCUAUUCUAAAAAUCUAUAUUUACAAGAAUAUUUACUGUUAUUAAAAAGAAUUGCUCAAAUUGUUUCUAAACUGGAGGAGAUUCUCUGAGCUUACGUUUAACUUAAUACCAUUUCUUAUAACAUACUGGGGCCGGUUGUAUAAAACUCUUAAUCACUUUUUUAAUCACUAUUUUGUAGUUAAAUAGUGAUUAACUCUCAAAUACGCGCUUCUUAUUGGAUGACGUUUCCACUAACUAUAGUUAACUUUAAUCAAUUUUUUAUACAACCGGCCCCAGAUCAGGUAAUUGUUCUUUUUUCAGUCAUGCGCAUAUAUCUGCCUAUCUUCAGGCAAUAUAAUACACAUAUUCACUUUAAACAAAAUUAUGGUGGGAAAUAGCUGAAAAUUCCCUUUUCCGGCUUCCUUCUCAUUUUAAAACACGUACUAGUUAAUAGCUACUGUGAUAGUUUCAUUUACAGGCCAGUUUAGGUUCCCACAUAAGUUAAUUCCCAAGGUCCACAAUAAAUUAACAAUAUGUUAAGAUAUCUAGUAUUAAUUUCCUCACUCGUGUUCAAGGGAACACUGUCAUUGUCAUAAAAAAAUUACACUAAUUUUCGGCCAUGCAUUGCUGGGCGGGACAAAUGCCACCUUUAGAACUUUCUGACUUAGAUAAUCUAAACUAAUGAACAUAAUCCAAAUUAAUGCUGAAUAGCACAUUUUUAAAAUUAUAUUUUAAAUCACAUGUCGCGAUUUAACGUUUAUUAUUUACUAGUGCCAUUCGACGAGGUAAAUCUUUUAAAAAAUCAUUCUUCAAAGAAACAAAAUUAGAAGACUCGGAUAUGAAGGAAACUGAUGAUCUUCGACGAAAUGUCUUUCAUUACGCUGUAUCGAGACCAGACACUUUAAGAAAGCUACUGGAGAAUGCUGAAACAGUAAGUUUAGGUGCAUGCUUAAUAGUGUUCGUAUAAAAUCGUGCCAUGCAGUACGUGUAGUAUAUAUAUAUAGCAUUAUUUAAUCUCUGGAUACUUACUCUGCAUGAUCCCCCAAAUUUUCAUACUUAGAAUUGUAAAACCCGGAACACACCCGGAAAAUCUGAAUUAUUUGAUGUCGAACACACCCGUUACAACCUGAAAUCCACCUGGAGCACCCCGGAACCCACCAGGAACACCCCGUAUACCCACCUGCAUGGAACACCCCGGAAUCCUGCUAAAAAUAGUCCAAGAAGUUUUGCUCGUCGAGUAUUUGCACGUGCUUUCACCAAUUCGGCGCUAAAGCUUUGAUAAAUGCAAUCAGAUGAGUUAUCAAUCUGAUGUUAUCAAUUUUAUACCACCUCACUACUACAUGAGACUGCUAUAGUUUUAUCAUUGCUCUCUAUAUAUAAAGGCUAAACAUUUGACAGCAUCGCAUUUCGGUUCAUGCAUCGAUUUCGUUUCUUUGGAAAAUUAGGUUUUGCUCGAGGUUUUUUCUUGCGGCCGUAUGUAUACGAUGGUUGACGUCUGCUUUUAAUGUUUAUGCUAUAUACGUACUAUAUCUAUUUGGUAUUUAUUAGCCCGCCGGGAUGUCGGGAUCUCACUUGCACGAAAUAAUAUACUAGUCAAAUAGGCGUGAUCUCGGGAUAAAAAUUUCCAUGCACAUGCACAAGCACUCACCAACCGUUCUGGUCCGCUAUAGAAACUAUCAAAACAACCGAUAUCGUCCCGGCAAAUGGGACGAUAACAUAUCAUGGGGCGAGCAUGAGCUGCACUACUUCUAGAAUAUUAUAUUAUCAGUAUAUUAUCAUAAUGUCAGAUUCCCAAUUUCGGUUACGAUUCUAAUGACAUAGUGGUAUACUGGCACUAUUUGUCUAUUUCUUAUAUCUACAGAACUUUGGACCAUAUAUCAAGCCUGUAUUAAUAGACGGGGGAUUUGUUUUCAUUUUCACAAACAUUGAAAAAAACUCCACAGGAACCAGAGUAUAUCAAAUCUUAUCAUAUAUUUUCGUCCAGGAAACAUCUGUUCAAGAGGCUCUAAAUCAAGCAGAUGAAGAAGGAGAAACUCCAAUUCAUCGUGCAGCUGUCAUUGCAAAUAUUGAGGUAUAAGCAGCGCAUUCACGCAUUUAUUUUAAAUAUCUAUACUAUUUUCACUAUAUUUGAUGUCAUGUUAUAUAUACUGAUUAAUGUCUAUAUAAUUCCAAUAAAAUAUAAUUCUCAUUACGUACCGAUAGGUUUUCUUAUUGUUAUAACCAUAAUCAACUUUACAAAUUAAAUAAUAGUAGGCUUUAUUACUCGCUGGGGCACCUGUGCCCCGGGCGAGUAUAGGUUUCGGCUUGCAUUUUUCUUGGAUAGUGGAUCGUCGAUAGCCACAAAAUAGAAUAUUAAUGAGCUGCCUAAUUUUCCCCCAAUUAUCCAUAAGGCUCCUGCCAUUUUUACCCAAAUUAUCCAUAAAUAACCCUGCAUUUUGAGGAAAAUUCGGGAAAAUUGAACAAUUUUACAAGGAAUUUCGCACGGAAACAGCAACCUUCGCAAAUCGCAAGUUUAAAUAUACGUUUGGCUGCGCUGCUUUUAUAUAUUUUGAGAAGAAAGCGACACCGUUCGAUUCAGCGUAAGAAAUUGUACUCACGGAUGUCAAAUGUAUUACUAAACAGCAGUAUUCUAGCGAUUUAUGGCCUUUGAAAAUCAAACGAAAUUGGUCAAAUUGUAUUGUUGAUAAAUCGCUCGCAGUACGUAUGUCCUUGUAUUUGUAAUGCCUCAUGGCGCAAUAACGAUAAAAAUAUCACCGUUCGAUUCAGGGUAAGAAAUUGUACUAAUUACGGAUGUCAAAUUAUUACUAAACAAUAGUAUUCUAGCGAUUUAUGGCCUUUGUCUUUGAAAGACAAGCGAAAUUGUAUUGUUAUUGUUAACAAUACAAUUUCGCUUGUCUUUCAAACACAAAGUGUCAAAGGCCAUAAAUCGCUAGAAUACUAUUGUUUAGUAAUAAUUUGACAUCCGUAUAAAUUAGUACAAUUUCUUACCCUGAAUCGAACGGUGAUAUUUUUAUCGCUCAUACGGAUGUCAAAUGUAUUACUAAAGGCCCUGUCACACUAUUGCGUAUCGUACUAGCGUAUGGCAGCGUAUGAAAAAUAUCACUCAUACGCCGGUAUACGCUGACAUACGCUAGUGGUACGUUAGGCAUACUAUGGCAUAGGUUGUAUACGUUUCAAGCACGGUCGCGUACGGUGGCAUACGCUGGCAUACGGCGAGGCAGAAAAUUUUUUUAAGCAUGCUCAAAUAUUUUGUGCGUAUCGGACGUACGCUUUAUACGAUAAGCAUACUCUAGGCACACGCUGAGUACACUAGAGGUACGCCAGAUUUACGGUACUCAUACGCUGGCAUUUCAAAGGAUUUUUGCGCGUAUGAAAAUUAUUUCAUUAAUUUUCAUACGCUUCUCAUACGUUUCUCUCAUACGCAAUAGUGUGACAGCACUGACAGGGCCUUAAACAAGAGUAUUCUGGCGAUUUAUGGUUUUGUCUUUGAAAGCCAAGCGAAAUUGUAUUGUUAACAAAUCGCUCAUACGGAUAUCAAAUGUAUUACUAAACAACAGUAUUCUAGCGAUUUAUGGCUUUGUCUUUGAAAGCCAAGCGAAAUUGUAUUGUUGAUAACUUUGGUAUCAUUGGUUUUCUCUUUUUCGGCCGUAUACCAGUGGAUUCGUCUUACUUCUCUCUUCAUUUUGACAGUAUUUUGAGCCGAAAGCCCCCAAAUAUUUUAUUUUGAACGUUUUAAAGCGCAGUUUAUUCCUAGCGUACGGACCAACUGGCGGCUGACAGUCUUAAUUGAAGAAUGUAGCGUACUAAAUACAACUUUACUUGUAUUUUUGUAGGGCGUACCGCAUUUUAGUACUGUGUUAAGCCUUUUGCGCUCGUAUUCGACUUUUCCGCUUAGUAAUGUGCGUAUUUGUAUGAGUUGUAUAGCCCCAGCGAGUUAACGCUCCACAAAGCGUCUUGUUAAACUUAAAAGCCGAGUUAUCCUUACAUGUAAAAAUUGUACAAAAAGAAAUGGAGGUCAUAAAACGAUCCUUUUAUACACAAGCUAUAGGGUCCAGGUAGCCAGACCUGCAUGCACCGCAGACAACCCAAACAUAAAUAUUAAUUAAAGCCAUUAAAUCUGUUUCUGAUUUUACUUCACUAACAUGAAAAAUUCCCUCCAAGAUGUAUAACAAUAACCACCCUUAUGAAUAGUUUCAGAACCUAAUCUAAAUAUGAACUUUGCAUAUUAUAUUUCUUUUCCAGUCUUUGAAAAUACUUCAUGAAUAUGAUAAUUCAUUAAUGAAGUUGAAAACGACCAUACGAAACAGAUCAGUCCUCCAUUUGGCUGUGAAAAGCAGAUCAGUGGUCCUUGUGAAGUUUGUUCUCAGUAAAGAUCUUGACUUGGUGAACACUGUGGACAGUAUGUCGCAAAGUCCUUUACAUUAUGCUGCUGGUUUGAAACAGUCCAGUGCUUUGGAACUUUUAAUAUCCAAAGGAGGUGACGCAACAAUCACGUAAGUUAUAUCGGAUCGUAUGCCAAUACUAAUAUCCGACCUUUAUUUACAGUAUACCGCAUGCUUGGCCUGUUAAGAAAUUAGCCAACUACAUGCAGUAUAUUAAAUUAUUUCUGUUAUAUUUGAACCACAACUUAGACCAAAGGUAUUUCAAUCUUUGAACUUUUCACUGCAAUUUCUAAAAUGAAGUACGAAAAUCGGAGAUCUCGUCUACAUCGGACUGCAGCAAACCUCGAAUUCGGGUUACACUAUCAGAUUUCCCAUGAGAGCUGGAACAAACUGCUCGGACCCUUGCAUGCAAUUCGUUCCACGUCCUUAUUUUUGGACUUUAUUAUACAUUAUGGCUAUACUUCCAUAAACAGUGUUCAGCAAAAUAUUGAUAUUUUUCACUUAAGUAAAAAUAGAAGGUAUACUAACUCCUCAACUUUAACUUUGGUAGAAGUAAACUGUAAAAGUGUUGCCUGAAAAUUUAUUUACUUUAUCCAGAAAGAUAGCUUAAUGAUGAUUGUUAUUGGAAGAAAUCUUUAUAUAAAACAAUAUAAACAUACGAACUAUAAAACAAACAACUAAAAACGUACAAUGAUGAACGUUUGGCUCAAGUCCGCUGACCCCCGCGUCUCUCUAAACGUCAGGUAAUAUCACUUAUAAUGUAAGUUGCUAAUUCUCGACAUCCUCCGGCGGGCCAGAAAGUGCGUCAAUCCAAACUGACACUGCAUGGUUGCGAAGCUUUCAGAGCUGCUUGGCGUUUUAUGACCCAUGUGCUGUGGUGUUGAAGGAUGCUGUCAUAGAUGGUGAGUGGUGUUCAUUAAAUGUUCUAAGAGGAUCGUCAAUUGGAACUACUACUUCCAAGAUCGUAACUUCUUUUAAGAUGGCUUGUCUCAGUAGAUUAAUUGUCCAUUCAGAAUUGUUUUGUUUGUUCUCUAGCGAGAUUCCUUUGCAGUUCAACAGGAAGUCUUCCAAGUAGAACAGGUGUUAGGAGGGAUCCAAAGGAUUCCUCAGACUUUCCUAGCGCAGACAGACCCCUAAUAUGAUUCUCAAUAGUGUCGUAAAACUGUCUUAAACUGAUUAAGUUUGUUAAUGUUUUGGGAAUGUUCAACAGGGCUUGCAUAUGGGCAUUGACUAUCUUGUAUGAUUGGCCAAAUCGUUCCUUUAACAGUAUAAUUGCUUGUUCGUAAUUGGUGUUUGUAAGGGGAAAUCCACUAAUUGCUCUUUCAGCAUCUCCACUGGUUUGGGCCUGCAAGUAAUUGAAUUUCUGAAUUACUCCAGUAAGAUUUGUGUUUGAAUGAACUGCAGCGUCAAACAAGUCCCAGAAUGUUUGCCAAUGAAGAGAGUUUCCAUUAAAUGUGGGAAGGCUCAAUUUUGGAAGUCUGCUUAUAUUUUGCUUUGUGUGAGUAAAGUUCGAAGAAGAGGGUGAAACUUGAUUUGCAGCAACUUGUUGAACAGCGGGUGAUAUACUUCGGGUGUGCUAACUUGUUGUACAGCGGGUGAUGCUUUGGGUGUGUUAACUUGCUGUGGUGCGGGUGAUGCUUCGAGUGUGCUAACUUGUUGUGGUGCGGGUGAUGCUUCGAGUGUGCUAACUUGUUGUGGCGCGGGUGAUGCUUCGAGUGUGCUAACUUGUUGUGGGUUUUGUGCUUGUAUCUGUGGUGAAUGUUGUAGGAAUACCUGUGCUUGACUUGUUUCUGGUGCAUUGUUCUCAGAACUUGGUAUGGAUGACUCACUGGGCUCGGAAAAUUUAAGUAAAUACAUUAACAAAUUAUAGCUUAUAAUUAGUCGAAUUAGCGAAAAUUGACUAUAUUCAUGACGCGCUUGUCAAGCGAAAAACACACUGCCCAAAGAUUUUAUUCUUUAUUCUAGUAGAUGUGUCAUAACACUCAGUAGCUGAUAGAUUGGAUACCUGAUACCGUUGCACUUUUGAGAAAAAAAAAUUACUGCCGGCAUACUAACACGAAUAUUUAAUCCGCUGUCUGCAAGACGUUUUUAAAAAAUCACAAUAUUUUGUUGGCUUCAAGUGAUCGGGUACCCUGGAUUCCAGAGCCUUCGACAGUAAAUAAUAAAUUGAAACGUCGCGAAGGCUCUGCAUGGUUCAACGGGGAGAUUCUUUGAUGAACUGCGCCAAUCACAAAACAGAAUUAGUGGUUUUAGUACAGAUUCUUCCGGUUUAACCAAAGAAUCUCCCCGUUGAACCAGAGCCUUCGCGACGUUUCGAUUUAUUAUUUACUGUCGUAGGCUCUGGAAUCCAGGGUAGUGAUCAGGAUAAUUUUUAGUUUAGGUUUAUGCCUUGGCAGGAAAUAAUAAAAUAUAUAAGUUUCAAGAAGUUAGAAUAAAAGCGCGGGAUGAAGGUGAGAUAUAAAAAAGCUCAAAUAUCACCGCGUAUAAUUAACGUUUUAACUUGUUUUCGAACGCGAAAAUAAUUGCGACAAAAAUUUAAAAACUGACUACAAUUCCAAAGUCAACGUUUUUUGUUCAUUUUAUGAAUGACUUCUUCCACACGGAAAGUAUGGGAGAAUUCUGUAAUCUUACGAAAUUCGAGUGGUCGGUUUUUACACGGACUGUCUCUUAAAUGCAUGAUACUUAUUGUUACUUUUAUAACGUCAUGCAUUUAACGGUCCUCAAGGGCAUACAUGUACAUUGCACCCUCUGACCCUCAUAUUUUUCAUCCAUCUCAUGAGUAUAUAAAUGCAUUAUUUGAAUUUCUAGUAUAUACCGUAGUCUGCGGAAUAUAACACAGCUGUUCUUGCUGCUCUUAUAGGGACGAGAAUGGUCAACUACCACUCCAUAUAGCUGCAAGUAAAGGUUUAAAAAACAACGUUUCACUGCUGUUACGAGAAAACCCAGAUUUUGUGGAUGUCCUCGAUAAAUCUUCUCGAUCACCACUAUUAUUAGCAUCUCAAAACAAUUUUCCCACCGUCGUCUCAUAUCUACUUUCUAAAAAUGCGGAUUAUGAGAUUCAAGAUAAACUUGGACUUACGGCAUUUGAUUGGGCAGUCUCAAGCAAUUUUCCAGCAGUUGUUCAAGUUUGCCUCGAUACUAACGUCUGGAAAGAG